GGCGAGAUGGUCAGCGACGGUCGAUGCAAAACACUGUAAUAGGGGCGACAACAAGAUGCAACGGCAAUUGCCUGAGAUGCUGCAGCGAGACGACAUGAGGAUGCAUUGAUAAUCGACAAAGCGAGGUAGAAUUUGGUAGAGGUGACUAUGGCAAAGGAGAUAGGGGAUGGUGAAUUUACAAAUUAGAAAGUGAGGUCGAGCCGGCAAUUUGACUUUCGUCUCCAAGUAAAAAGGCCAGGCCCCAAUUAAAAAGGCGCAAUCCUUUUGAUUGAAUGGCUUUAUCGGCCAUUGCAACUCUCACUCGCCUUCCUUUCUCUCUUCCUUCUCGACUGAUACUCAGAAAGCACGGUCGAAGGCGUUCUUGCUGGAAAACAAUGGCUUCUUCCGCAUCACCGACGCAGCAAAUUACCGCACCCUACGGUUCUUGGGAGUCUCCAAUCACCGCCGACGUCGUAUCCGGCGCCUCGAAGCGCCUCGGUGGCACCGCCACCGACGAACGCGGCCGCCUCUUCUGGCUCGAAUCUCGCCCUCUUGAAUCUGGACGAGCUGUUCUAGUUAAAGCUCCGGAGGAGUCUGGUGAGGAACCUGCAGAUAUUACGCCCAAAGAGUUUUCAGUACGCUCUGUGUCUCAAGAAUAUGGUGGUGGUGCUUUCAAGAUUGUAGGGGAUACGGUAAUUUUUUCCAACUACAAAGAUCAGAGGCUCUACAAGCAGUCGAUUGAGUCCAGAGAUACUUCACCUUUGCCACUUACUCCGGACUAUGGUGGACCAUUGGCUUGUUAUGCUGAUGGAGUGUUUGAUUCACGCUUUAACCGUUACAUUGCUGUAAGGGAAGAUCGUCAUGAAGACAGCCUGAAUGCGACAACAGCUAUCAUAUCAAUUGAUCUAAAUAACCGCACUGUCCAAGAACCAGAAAUAUUAGUUGGCGGCAAUGACUUUUAUGCUUUCCCACGUCUGGACCCAAAAGGAGAAAAAAUGGCAUGGAUUGAAUGGGGACAUCCUAAUAUGCCUUGGGAUAAGUCAGAACUUUGGGUUGGUUAUUUUUCUGAAAAAGGGCAGAUAUGCAAACGUGUUUCUGUUGCUGGUGGUGAUCCUGCACUUGUGGAGUCUCCUACUGAGCCCAAGUGGUCAGCUAAAGGGGAGUUGUUCUUCAUCACUGAUAGGAGAAGUGGGUUUUGGAAUAUUUACAAAUGGAUUGAGUCUGAUAACAAGGUGUUACCAGUUUAUUCCUUGGAUGCUGAGUUUUCAAGACCAUUAUGGGUUUUUGGCAUAAAUUCGUAUGAGUUUCUUCAGAGCAACGAGCAGAAAAACUUGAUUGCUUGCACAUACAGGCAGAAUGGAAGAUCUUUCCUUGGAAUUCUUGAUGAUGCUUAUAGCACAUUAGCCGUGCUUGAUAUUCCUUUCACAGAUAUAAACAAUAUUACUUCAGGGAUUCAUUGCCUAUAUAUAGAGGGAGCAUCAGCAAUUCAUCCUCUGUCAAUAGCUAAGGUGACUUUGGAUGAUCAUAAAUCAAAGGUCACUGAUUUCCAGAUUACUUGGUCUUCUUCACCUGAGAGUUCAAAGUACAAAUCUUACUUUAGCUUGCCAGAAUUAAUUGAGUUUCCAACUGAAGUUCCUGGUCAAGAUGCCUAUGCUUACUUUUAUCCACCAACCAACCCCAAUUAUCAUUCUAGUCGGGAAGAAAAACCUCCACUGUUGCUCAGGUGCCAUGGUGGGCCUACUGGUGAGACCCGUGGAGUUCUUAAUCUUGCUUACCAAUAUUGGACUAGUCGAGGCUGGGCAGUUGUGGAUGUCAACUAUGGUGGAAGCACUGGCUAUGGCAGGGAAUAUAGGGAAAGGCUUUUGGGGCGCUGGGGAAUUGUCGAUGUUGAUGACUGCUGCAGCUGUGCUAAGUUUUUGGUGGAUGGAGGAAAGGUAGAUGGAAAAAGAUUGUGUAUAACUGGAGGCUCUGCUGGUGGAUACACGACAUUAGCUGCUCUAGCUUUCAGAAACACAUUUAAGGCUGGUGCUUCCUUGUAUGGUGUAGCUGACUUGAAGUCGUUGAGAGCAGAAACUCACAAAUUCGAAUCUCAUUAUAUUGAUAAUCUUGUUGGAACUGAAGAUGACUACUUUCAAAGGUCACCCAUCAAUUUUGCUGAUAAAUUUUCUUGUCCCAUUCUCCUACUCCAAGGACUGGAAGAUAAGGUUGUACCCCCUGAUCAAGCACGGAAAAUCUACCAUGCAUUGAAAGAAAAGGGUUUGCCGGUUGCCCUCGUGGAGUUUGAAGGAGAGCAGCAUGGUUUUCGCAAGGCUGAAACCAUUAAGUUUGCCCUGGAGCAGCAAAUGGUGUUCUUUGCACGCGUAGUGGGAAACUUCAAGGUUGCCGACGAGAUUACGCCUAUCAGAAUCGAUAACUUUGACUGAUGGAUGGAGCUUAGCGCUGUGUUUGGUGGUAUUUCGUUAUAUAAUAAUAUCUAAACCUGAUUUUAAGAUGAGAUGCAACUUUUGUAGCUGUCACCACCAAUAUAUAUAUAUAUAUAUAUCCGCCAAUCCAUCAAAGUGGCUUAGCUAGGAAGUGGUGAGCCUUCUAGUUAUUCAGUUUAUCAACUGAUUGCACUGCCAGAUUUGUCUGAACACAACCCCACCACCAGGAAUUGACAAACUACCCACAGUAUCUCUCUCACUUGCUCAUCGCCUACCCCUACUCCCUGUCCCUAUGAGCAUCUCCAAUGAACACAACAAAUUGGUUUAUAACAUCAAUUUGGUGUCAAAACAUGCUCCUAGGAAUACACCAUCUUAGUGAA